AUGGCGGAGGAAGAAGGACCUACUGUAGAACUGCGCCAAAGAAAAAAGCCAAAGUCUUCAGAAAAUAAAGAAUCUGCCGCCAAAGAGAAAAUCAAUGACACUCCAGUUCCUGAAAGAGCUCCAAAACAUAUAUUAUUUCAGCGCUUUGCAAAGAUAUUCAUUGGCUGUCUUGCAGCGGUUACGAGUGGUAUGAUGUAUGCUCUCUAUUUAUCAGCGUAUCAUGAACGGAAAUUCUGGUUUUCCAACAGGCAGGAGCUUGAACGGGAAAUCACAUUUCAGGGUGAUAGUGCCAUUUAUUACUCUUAUUAUAAAGAUAUGUUAAAGGCACCUUCAUUUGAAAGAGGUGUGUACGAACUGAUGCACAAUAACAAAACUGUAUCUCUGAAGACUAUAAAUGCAGUUCAGCAAAUGUCUCUAUAUCCAGAACUUAUGGCCAGCGUUUUAUAUCAGGCAACUGGUAGCAAUGAGAUUAUUGAGCCAGUAUAUUUCUAUAUUGGCAUUGUUUUUGGAUUGCAAGGAAUAUAUGUUAUGGCUUUAUUUGUUACAAGUUGGCUUAUGAGUGGAACUUGGCUAGCAGGAAUGCUAACAGUUGCAUGGUUCAUUAUUAACAGGGUAGAUACAACAAGAAUUGAACACUCCAUUCCUUUAAGAGAAAACUGGGCACUACCAUAUUUUGCAUGCCAAGUUGCUGCACUUACAGGCUAUUUAAAAAGCAACUUAAAUUCUUAUGGAGAGAGGUUUUGCUACUUGUUGAUGAGUGCUUCAACUUACACAUUUAUGAUGGUGUGGGAGUACAGCCACUAUCUCUUGUUUCUUCAAGCAAUAUCUCUCUUCUUGCUAGAUAGUUUUUCACUGGAGCAGAGUGACAAGGUUCAUGAAGUUUAUAAAAUCUAUAUAUUUUCUCUCUUUCUGGGAUAUUUACUGCAGUUUGAGAAUUCAGCUUUAUUGGUGUCUCCUUUAUUAAGUUUAGUAGUAGCCUUAAUGCUUGCUAAGUGCCUUCAGCUGAAUGUGAAGAGAGGAACUUUUGUGGCUAAAAUAAUGAAAGUGAUCAGUGUUUACUUGGUGUGUACUCUGACAGUGACACUGAAUAUUAUAAUGAAGAUGUUUGUCCCACACAAAGAAAAUGGACAUAUGCUGAAGUUCCUUGAAGUAAAAUUUGGACUUAAUAUGACUAAGAAUUUUACAAUGAAUUGGCUCCUGUGUCAAGAAUCCCUUCAGGCACCAUCUCAAGAUUUUUUUUUGCGAUUGACACAGUCUUCUUUAUUGCCUUUCUAUAUUUUAGUGUUAAUUAUUUGUUUUCUUUCUAUGAUUCAAGUUAUUUUUAGGAGAAUUAAUGAUAAGUCCCUGAAAGAAACUGUCACACUUGAAGAUGGACGAAUUGGAGAAAGGCCAGAAAUAAUUUAUCAUGUGAUUCACACUAUUUUACUGGGUUCUCUUGCAAUGAUUAUAGAAGGCUUGAAAUACCUAUGGACUCCUUAUGUGUGCAUGUUAGCAGCAUUUGGUGUAUGUUCUCCUGAACUUUGGAUGACACUUUUCAAGUGGCUUCGAUUACGAACUGUACACCCAGUAUUGUUGGCUCUUAUUUUGAGCAUGGCUGUGCCCACUAUAAUAGGUCUCAGCUUAUGGAAAGAGUUUUUUCCAAGAUUAAUGACAGAACUAAUGGAACUACAAGAAUUUUAUGACCCAGAUACAGUGGAACUUAUGACCUGGAUAAAAAGGCAAGCUCCAGUUGCAGCUGUGUUUGCAGGAAGUCCACAAUUAAUGGGUGUGAUUAAAUUAUGCACCGGAUGGAUGGUGACAAGCUUGCCUCUUUACAAUGAUGAUGAUCUUCUCAAGAGAAAUGAAAACAUCUAUCAAAUCUAUUCAAAGCGAUCUGCUGAGGAUAUUUAUAAAAUACUGACAUCGUACAAGGCUAGUUACCUAAUAAUAGAAGAUGCUAUCUGCAAUGAAGUGGGAACCAUGAGAGGCUGUCGGGUUAAAGAUUUAUUAGACAUUGCAAAUGGCCAUGUGGUUUGUGAAGAAGGUGACAAGUUAACCUACUCAAAACAUGGACGAUUUUGUCAUGAGGUCAAAAUUAACUAUUCUCCCUAUGUGAAUUAUUUCACUAGAGUAUACUGGAACAGAUCCUACUUUGUAUAUAAAAUCAACACUGUGAUAUCCUUUCAGUCUUGA